UAUUUGUAUUAUUUCUGUUUCAGGUCUUUUUUAACAGUCGACAGGAGAGACGAAAAUCACAAUUCUGGACGCCAACAAUGACAUAGGCCCCAAGAUGGCGCUACGACUGAAGAAGGACAUAAAGAAAGCGUCAUACUACGUGUGGUUCCUGGGCGCGCAGGAGUCGCGGGGGCUGCGAGGGGAGGAGUUCGCGUUACCAGCGGUCCAGCUGCUGGAAGAGCGGGCCAGGGAAUUGGAGCCCUUUAAGGUUACACUACAGGUGUCCCACAAAGGGCUGAAGAUAAUCCAGAAUGUGACGGCCAAGGGCAAACAGCAGACGAUCAAGCACUUCAUCCCGCACGGCAGCAUUACCAGCGCCGUGGUGCAGGGCGACGUGGUGGCGUGCGUGCUGCUGCUCUACAACCCGCUCACCGGCUGCCCUGUGCACGUGCACGCUUACAGAUGUGACUCAGACCACACAGCCGAGAUGCUCUACACACACCUCCAAGCUCUGAUAGACCGACCAGAAAAUCAGAAAAAAUUCGCCGACAUAGAGCGGAAACUACAAAUGAGGGGGGCUCUCCCGGUAUCCAAGAAACCUCCGGACUCUUCGCUAGGCAGUGAGGUGUCUAGAGAGUCUGACUCUGGGAGCAAUGAGGAGAGAUGCGUAGCUAAUCUGUAUGACAGUUUGGCGGCGGAGUUGAAACAAAAGUUGUCUACAGGUAAAAAGGGUCUAGGCAAUGUUUCAGGCAAAAGCCCUAUACUAUUACCGCCCCGCGACUACGACACAGUACACCGGCAGAAGGGGAAUCUGAGCAACAUCGACACCCGCCGCUGCCUGAAUCAGAACAUCGUGGGGGUGAACGCGCGCCGCAAGCUGGAGUCGUCGGGGGGAAGCUCGGGUAUUGGGAGCGAUCUGGCUCCGUCGCCGGAGAGGAACGAGUAUACGAGGCAACACGACAAUCAUAGCACCAGCGAGGAAGAUUGGGCGGAGAGCACGGCUUACAUGAUGCAUGAGGCAUUUGACGCGUCUCCUCGCCGCGCAGCGUCUCCUCGUCAUGCAGCAUCGCCUCGUCGGGCGGCGUCACCACGUCGUGCUGCGUCGCCUCGUCGCGCGGCGUCGCCUCGUCGCGCGGCGUCGCCUCGCCGUGCGUCACCGCCUCGCCGCACGUCACCCCCACGCCGCGCGCUGUCGCCGCGCCGAUACGACCGCGGCUUUAACGACGACUUCACCGACCAGUUCCGUGACUCACUGGCACCCUUCCGUGACCAGGCCGGCUUCGAUCGCCACCACCGCCACGAGUCUAUUGAACGUGUCAAAGAAAAACAAGAGAAAUACGACGACGCACCAAGCUACAGACGGCGGUACGCUGCAGAAACCAAACCGUCCAAUCGCAGCAUAGACCGAAUAGAAGAUCGCCGGUUCGGUAAACUAACAAGGGGCGCUAGCGAAGGAAGUCUAAAACUCGCCGAAGCCUCCCCAAAAGACCGGUUCCAAGUCGCUAAAGAAAAAUUCAAGAACCUAGAACGGGAAAGGUUCAACAGGGAACUAGAGCAGCACAUGGCUAUCAGGAGGAGCAUGCUGGAAAGAAAUAGUCGCUCGACUUCUUCCCCCGAGGAAGAACAUAGAGACGAGCGGCAGCAGGAGCGCCACAGAGAAUUGAGCUCUCGGCGAGAACCUGACCGUUCUCACCGGGAUUUGGAGCGUUCUCACAGAGAGCCUGAGCGGUUCAAAGAUCCAGAUCGGAUGCACGAUAUAGACAGGGAUAUAACACACAGAGAAGUGGAGAGACUCCCACGCGUCAGCCGUAAACGCGAAGAUGUCAAAAGAUUCGAGUACGGGGCGGAGGAUUAUCUGGACAGAAUCGAACCAAAGCCGCAUAGGGAGGACUUGGUUAGAUACAGGGAGAGGAGAGAACUAGAUCGGCGUAUAGACGAGGAUGAAAUAAUUGAGCCAGUGAUCGAAGACAGGAGGAGAGACUGGAGUGACAGGCAAAGGGCAUUCAGCCGCUCGCGGCUGCUAGACGACCAGAGGCAGUCGUACGCGGAGGGCGACAGAGACCGCUACUACGAGAGGGACUACAGAGAUUACCGCGACCUGUCGGACCGGCAGCCCGCGAAGUUCCGCCACAGCUACGCGGAGCCCAUCCCGCGCGGCCGCCUCGGGACAGUCAGACCUUACUGAAAUGCCAUAAUAGAAUAGCGUGCUUUUAUGACCUGAGGAAAUAAAUGAGAUUUAAUUAUUGUUUAUUGUUAAUUUACUGUAUUGAAGUGCAGUUAAAUUGACGGUGGAUUUUAUCGAGUUUAGCUAAGCGGCCUCUAGAUGUUGUUAAAUUUACCUAGACUCUAUAAAAAUAUGUGGGUGUAGCCUUCUCACGCAGAAGACAAAUUCCCACAUCUUUUUUAGGGUAUUUCGUCAUGUAGUUCUAAAUAUAUAAUAAAGAAAAAAUUCGAUAGGAUCAUCCGUCAAAGACUGGCAGGCACAAAUCAUGUACCUAUUGAGAAGUUGUUUUAGUCAUUUUAAUAUUAUUGUUCGUAGAUGUUAUGCAUUCGAAAAUUUAUAAAUAUACUCAGCCGCACCAUUUUCCAAUACUUACCGAAAGUUGCAUCAUAAUGAUUUGUAACUUUUAUCAAUGUUAUUGAGUGAAAUUCUAAAAAUGUGUUGGUGCUACAACUAAAACAAUAAUGAUGGUAAUAUAUUUCUUGUAUAUAAAUAACAAUUAUUAGUUAGUUUUAAAUACAUUUAUAUAGUAAACAACCAAUCGCUAAACAUAUCGACAUUAUCAAAUUUUGCAUUAAUUAUAUGAGAUUUUUAGCAUGAUUUUGUAAUCUAUAUCAAAUUUUGAUUUAAAAUAGUUUAUUUACAAAAUUUGACUAAAUGUGAUAAAAAAUCAAUUUAUAUUAAAACUAUGGAAUGUACCUUAUAAAAAUGCAUGUGUGGUAUUAUAAAGAUAAACUUGGCCGACCAGGGGCCGUAGCCAAGAUUAAGAAGAGAAAAUUGUUUAUCAACAAACGCCAAUCGAAAGAUAUAUUGACAGGAACGAAUAGUCACAUUGUUCUAUUUCAGUUUAGAUUGGCUUUUUUUAAAUAACAUUCUCACUUAUAGUCUGUAUCUUUAGGAAUUUAAAUCAAAUUUAAAUAAAAGUAAACAAAAUCUACCCUCAAAUGGCUCCUUAAGCUAUACUUCGUUUUUUUUAGCAUUAGAAAUAAGGUAAACAAUCUUGAUGUGUCUUUUUAUUGAAAAACACGUUUAAAACAUAAGUCACGGCAAAUAUGUAACAAUUAUGAAUCUAAUACGAUCAUUUAUAUUCUUCUGCUUUCGUAAGUAAUAGUUACUGAUUUUUUUUAAAGCGUUUUUCAAUUAAAAGACAUGUCAAGAUCGCUUACCUUCUUGCAAGUUCUUUCUUAUGCUAAAAAAAACGAACUAUAGUUGCGGUUAGAUGAAAACAUUACAUGAUCAAACCAACAUUGUUAAAGUCAAGUCGUUCAGUGACUGAUCCAGGAGGUUUUGUAACUGGUUGGUUAACCAAUAAAUGUUAUAACUACCCGAAAAUGUACAAAUUAUUUGUUUACUUUUAUUUAAAUAUUUAAAGAUACAGAGUAUAGAUAGGCCUCCAGAAAUGAUUAAUAAAAUCACGAAAACGUUGAAAAUAGACCUGCCUAACGUGUAAAGGCGUAGUUAUACUAAAACACCAAGGUUUAAUGAAAAGUGUAUUUUAAGGUAAAGAAGAGUUUAUGUGUUUUUUCCAGUGUGCUCGAUAAUUUUACAGCAUUUCAUAUGCCGAUAUCUUAAAACGGUGAAAUUGCAGUUAGGAAAACCUCCGUUGCAUUUAAAAUUAACAAUAAAUGUGAGCCCAUAGCUAAAAGUAUUUUGCAAUUCUUGCAUGCAAAGUAAAAGAGGCAACCAAAGUCGGCUAGACGUUGCUCUUCUUUACUUUAGAGUCAUUUAGACAUACAGAAACUAUGAUUUAACCUAACCCAUUUGUGUCCAUGCAUAUUACAAUAACCUAAGCACCGAAAAUGGCGAACAUGAUUGAAUUUUAAAUAAACUGAAAUUCACCAUUUAGCGCGCAUAGGUUAAUUUGAUAUCACUCGACACGUUGGACGACUGAGAUAUCAUCUCAAAUACUUGUUAAUUAUUGUAAUAUAUGUAUUCGUGUUAAAGUAAGCAUAAGAUAGAAGACUAUAUUGUUCCAGUGACGUCACAUCACUUGUUUAUCUGACCCGUCCAUACAUUUAAUGAUUGUAAAAUAUUAAUAAAUAAAGUUAAUUCCA